UUAUUCUUCAUCAUCGAGAGUGGUUUCAUAGUCAGAAAAAAUAUUAAGACAAGAACACAAGAGAUGGCUAUCAAUAAUGGAGAGGAACAACAAAACCAAAUCAUUGGACACACAGAUCUUGCUCACAAGACUCUCCUUCAGAGUGAUGCACUUUAUCAGUAUAUACUUGACACAAGUGUGUUUCCAAAUGAACACCCUUGCUUGAAGGAGCUUCGUGAGAUGACAGAAAAACAUCCUCGGAACCUUAUGGCCACACCUGCUGAUGAAGGACAACUUAUAAGGAUGUUGAUUAAGCUCAUCAAUGCAAAGAACACAAUGGAAAUUGGUGUCUACACUGGUUACUCUCUUCUCUCCACUGCUCUUGCUCUUCCUUCUGAUGGAAAGGUAUUGGCUUUGGACGUGAGUCGGGAAUACUAUGAGCUGGGAUUGCCAAUAAUUGAAAAAGCUGGAAUUGCUCACAAAAUUGACUUUAGAGAAGGACCUGCUCUCCCUCUUCUUGACCAACUUAUUCAAGACGAAAAUAACAAGGGGGCAUUUGAUUUUGUUUUUGUGGAUGCUGAUAAGGAUAAUUACUUAAACUAUCAUGAGAGGAUAAUUGAUCUUGUUAAAGUUGGAGGAUUGAUUGGAUAUGAUAAUACUUUAUGGUUUGGAUCAGUUGCUGUUCCAGAUGAUGCUCCUAUGCUGGAUUUCGUUAAACGUUUACGUGGUCAUGUGAUUGAGCUUAACAAAUAUUUAGCUAAAGAUUCAAGGGUCGAGAUUUGUCAGCUCCCCGUCGGUGAUGGCAUUACCCUGUGCCGCCGCAUCAGCUGAUCCCUCCUUUGUGAUGAUUAAUUUGUGUGUAUGAAGAAUUUGGUUUCUUGUUAUUGAUAUUGAUCUUUGCUUCAUUCUUGUCCAUUGGAAAAGUUUGGUAAAGCUUAAAAGGAUCCAAAUGAAUGUUUCACCUACUACGUACUUCUCACUUUUGUAAUUUUUUAUUUUAUUAUUAUUUUUUUUUUUUAUGUACUGGUGGCCAAACCCUAUGGUUGUUGUAUUUUUAAUUUUUAUUAUUUCGUUCUUCAGUUGGAUCUUUAUAAUAUAAUAUUAUUAUGGCUUAAUUGGA